UCCCUGGAAAAGAUCAUAGAAGUAAGUACAGUGUACAUGUAUGGUGGCACAGCUUGCUCCUCACAAAUUCCCAAUUCCCACCAUUUUACAUAUAGUAGAGGAACACAACUCUAAGAAAAUAGUGUUAGUGCUUAUGAUUGUAUUCUAAAUAAUAACUGCAAGGGAUAAAGCUAUAAGUGUUAGGGGGACUAUCAACCUCUUUCUUAGUUUCACAAGCUUUAUGAGAUACCAAAUUUUAGUAAAUAAAAACCAUUUGCUUCUUCAAUUUAGGUUUAUGCUUCAAAUGCCAAGAAGCUAGCUCCCCUUGGGUCGAGCCAGGCAAGUGAAGCACUCAACAACACUAUAGGAAGCAAAGCUCCAAAGAUCAGACACUACAGAUCUAGUGAAAGCAAUGACUUCCAUGUUGCAUGUGCUGUUGGCCAAAAGAACUUUGAAAGAGAAACAGAAAACAAGAGAAUACAAGAAGAAAAGAAUUGAGAAGAAAGAGAAGCGGUUGAAAAAGACAAAACAGCUUGAGAACAAAGAAGGACAACGAUAUAGUUCUGGAAUGGGCUUCGAUGGACAUGAUGCCGCUCAGGAAAUUCCAGCACCACUUGCAGCCUCAAAGAUUGAGAAAAUAUCAUUAACCAAAGACUACCAUCAAAUCAUAUUUGAUUUGGAAACAUCUGGAAGGGGUAAUGAUGCUGAAAUCCUACAAAUUGCAGCAACAGAUGGUAAAGAUGAUUUCUAUAUUUAUGUCAAGCCUUGUCAUGUAAUAUCACCAGAAGCAUCUGCUGUGAAUAAACUCACCUUCCAAAGAGGAAUGCUGUUUCAUGAUGAGAAGCCAAUCUCUGAUGCCAUUGCAAUUGAUGUGGCCCUGAAGAACUUCAUUGAGUGGUUCAAAUCAAGAAUGCCUUGCAUUUUAGUCGCACACAAUUGCAAAUCCUUUGAUGCAGGGUUCUUGGUGCAAGCAGCAGAGAAAAAUGGAGUCAUGGAUGACUUAGCUAAAACCGUUUCUGGCUUUGCAGACUCUCUUCCAGUAUUCAGGGAAUUGCUUCCUGAAAGGAAAUCCCAUAGCCAGGAAAACCUUGCACAAGAUCUUCUGCGUAAAUCCUAUGAAGCUCACAAUGCUCUUGCAGAUGUGCAAACACUCCAGCUGGUGAACAAGUUUCUAAAUGUCAAACUGCUACAAAAGCACAGCUUCAAAGUUUCAUGGGUGGCAUCCUAUCAGAAGCUCCUAAAAGAAAAGAAACUUCUGGUUAAUACACUGCAGCCAUUAGUUAGAGAGAAGUACAUUUCAGCUUCUAUGGCCAUUAAGUGUGCAAGCUCAGGUUUGGGUCUCCAUCACCUACAAGUGGUGUACCAAAGAGGCAAGGAAGAAGGGGUGAAUCAAGUUCUGAUGGAGAGGUUUGACAACAAACCCGGAGUCUCCUCAAACAAGCAGUAUGAAUUUCAGUGUUAGCAAGAUCAAACACAUAAAAACAACCGAAAGCAAGCUUGAUAUCAAGUGCAUACCUCGAACACGAUG